AUGGCUGCAACAGCCUCACGCCUUCCAAACCCUGGGCCCAUUCACCCAGCAAAAGUUGCGAAAAACGGCAUCAAGCCGUCCAUAGCACGUCCAAUACGGAUCGCCGUUCUCGAUCCGCGAGACCAUGAGGCUCCUGCAAUUCUGCAUGAACCGCGACAAUAUACGGUUAACGACGCAAAGGCGUCAGCAGUCAUUCUAAUCAGCGGGGCGGGUGGAGGAGUUAGUGGGCCAGCUGGUAUAUACCCUUCUCUCGCCGAUAAACUCGCCAUGCUCCUCUCAAUCCCGUGUAUCAGAUUGGAUUACCGAGAACCUGCACAGACGAGUUAUUGCUCAGCCGACGUAGUCGCUGCAAUGGACUACCUAGCCGGAGAAUUCUCAUCUAAACAUUUUAUCCUAGCCGGAUGGUCCUUUGGCGGCAGCCCAUGUUUCACAGUCGCUGCACGCGAACCCCAGCGUGUCGCGGGCGUUGCCACCGUAGCCUCGCAAACUGCACGCACUGACGGCGUGACGAUGCUUAGUCCACGGCCUAUGCUGGUUAUGCAUGGCACAGGCGAUACCUGUCUAUCGCCACGCUGUUCGCAGAGUUUGUAUGAGUCAUAUGGACACGGGGGCAAGAAGGAAUUGAAGCUCUUUGAAGGGGAUGACCAUGGCCUAAGCAGAAAUGCAGUGCAAGUGGAAAGCAUGAUUUUCCGGUUUGCCGCGUCAACUUUGGGGUUCAAGGAUGCCCUUGGUGAUGCGACUGUUAAUAUACAGGCUGGCCAGGAUUUGGCGGGGAGUCGGACGGAGAGACUGAAAGAGAUGAGGGAAGGACAUGAUUUGGAGGGUGGCGAGCGACUGUAG